AUGGCACUUUUGGUAUUUUGGAACCUUCUUUAUGUUUCUCAAGCCAUCAAGCCCGAGUUCACUCUCCACCCGAAAACCGAGUACAUCGUCAAGAAUCAAGUCGCCACGCUAAAAUGUCAAGCCAAAAACGCCAAAAACCUCGAAUUCCAGUGCAAUGAGAAGUGGUUCGACAGCUACAAACCUCAUUAUGCAAGUUGGAAGGACUCGAAUGGCGUUCCGUUUUUAGCUGCUUCUAUUGACGUCAAGAAGUCGGAUGUGGUCAGUGUUUUUGGAGAGGAAAAGUUUAAUUGCCACUGCGUCGCCUGGAAUAACGAAAAUGGCGAGGAGAUCAUCGCGCAAUCCGCUUCUGCGAAUGUCGAGCUCGCUUUUCUCCACAAAGAGUUUCAGGCGAAACCGUUUCCGACAAAACCAGACUUUUCUGUUGGCGAGAACAUUCAACUACACUGUGUGCCUCCUAAAGGUCUUCCUGCGCCGACAAUCACUUGGAUCAAGAAUGGAGAGCCUCUUGACCCAAAUCGUGACAAAAAUCUAAUCAUCAACUACGACAACGAUUUAAUUGUCAAAGCUGCAAGAUACAGCGACUCUGGCGAUUACGUCUGCCGUGCCGAAAACAUUGUCGGGAGUCGUGAAUCUCCAGCAGCUACGAUAAAAGUUGUGACUGAUGGGAUGUGGUCGCACUGGUCGGAAUGGUCGCAUUGCCCUCUAAAUUCUUGCGCAAAGAUUCGAGCCUUUCGAACUCGCGCAUGUAAUGCUCCGGCCCCGCAUAAUGACGGAAAAGAAUGCGUUGGAAAUGAACGUGAAGAGCGUGACUGCGAAAACGAGUGCCCGAUUGACGGAGGCUGGUCGAACUGGUCUCAAUGGACAGAGUGUAGUCAGCGUUGUGUUCAAACUCAUGAAAGGCGUUGCAAUCGCCCCGCUCCUAAAAACGGCGGCGACGAGUGUUCCGGAAUCGGUCUCGAAGAAAUCCCUUGUCAAGGAGGCGCUUGUAAAGAAACGCUCUUUUCAAGCUUGGUGGAUCAGCCAGCCUUGGCGGUCGGACUCGCCGUCGUGACGGUGAUGUUUUUGACAGCCAUCGGCAUUGGCAUUUGUGUUAUCCAGCGCAUGCGUGCAAAUAAUACAAAGCGCUCAAUGAGGAUGGAACGCUGCCAAACAUCUCGCUGUAGCGAUCUCUAUGACCGUUACAUUCCUGGCUACAUGGCCCCGUCCACUUCAUCCUCUUCCGAGUCGGCACAGCAGCGCGACAACCGCCAACCGCAAAUGAUGAGUACACAACUGAGCAACAACGUCGGCGACAAUCAAAUCGAGAAAUUCAUCACCGCCGCGCACGGUGGGGAUAUGAACUUUGCCGGAGUUACGCUGAGUAUUCCCCCGGAUGCGUUGAGUAAAGAUCAAAUGAUUUCACUUCGAGUUUGUGGAUCUGAUGGGCCCUUGCUUCCUCAGCAUCAAGUUCUUCUUUCUCCGGUGGUUAUCGUCGGGCCUCCAGGAUUGAAAAUAAGAAAGACGUUGAAGCUGAUGAUUCCGCAUUGUGUUCAUCCAGGAAAUGAAAUUUAUUCUUCACAAGAGACAAGGAGAAACAAUCACGAAAGAAUUUCUCCUGGUGAUUACUACGGCUGGGAUCUAGAAGUUAAGCCGAUCGGUGCAGCUUUGAAGGUCGAACGAGUCAAGAGUCAAUACCAAAGUGUUGCAACCUUGCUCCUUAAAGAGACUGGAAGCUGGUCGAUUGUUGGCACCCCAAAGAUCUCACCAAACAGCCGCGGAUUCGCAUCUCAUAAAGCUGUCUACGUUUUGGUCUACGGGAGAGAAGUUGAUCUGUCUGGAAACGAAGUGCAAAUUCGCAUUCGUGUAAGUGAUCAGCUGCCAGCAACGUAUGACAUGAUCGACAGGGAUGAGCGUGAUAACAGAUCGAAGCCGCUUUGCCCGGCUGAAGUCUUUUGCGUGGCGAAAAUGUCAGCAGGGCUUAAAGUUCGACUUGAGCCAGCAACCCACGACUGGCAAUUGACAAUGAUGACUCAAUGCCAAGAAGUGCCCGAAUCUCAGCUUUGGAGGCGAUACGCUAGGCCCGUGGUUUUCACUCUCCGACGGGUCGCAAACUCGCCGAACCCAUUCCUCAAUCUAAACAUCAACGUCCAACAAGGCAACAAUCCCGCGAAAUACAUCAAUGCUGCUUACCCGCUGCCUCAACCUUAA